AUGUCACCCGAAGAAGCGAGGAAAAAAGUCCUAGACGACAAGGAAAAAAGAAAGGAAGAACAACCUCCUCAAACUUCCAAGGCAUCGCCUAAGAAAAACCCCCAAGCAGGGCAAGCCACCAGCUAUGCAAAAGCGGCAAAGCUCAUCAGAAUCGGAGUAUUGCCGGAGGACUACCCUGAGGCAACUCUAACCUCCGAACAACUCACAGAAGUGGAGGAAGCAAUCGUAUCAGAAAUGAUCAACAGCACAACAAAGGGCCUGCAGUUCUCAGGUAUUCAUUUUCGCUCGGGAAUGAUACUUGUGGACUGCGAGUCGGAGCAGACAGCAGAAUGGCUGGCUCAGAUGGCACCUAGGUUGAAGGAAUGGAAAGGGCCAGCGCUGGUAGCGAAAAGAGGAGAGGACAUCCCAAAAGCGCAUACCAUCAGCCUUUUUCUUCCACGGAGCAAAGGGCAAGACACCACAGCUCUCCUGAAACUCAUUGGAGUACAGAAUCCAGAGAUCUCCACCGAGACCUGGAAAGUAAUAAGCGCCAAAGGAAAUGGCCACGGUCAAGUGCUUUCUGUUGGGAUCGACACCAAAUCUGCGGAUAGCAUCCAGGCAAAGGGAUUCACUAUCCACUACAGGUUUGGGCAAAUCCCCGUAUCUGGCCUCAGAAAGCAGGAGAAGGCAAAGGACAAAAAGAUGGAGCUUGAUCCAUCCACUUCAGCCUCUACCUCCUCCGAGCCAGUCGCCAAUGAGAACACCUCUACGGCGACUGAAACACAAGAGACCGAGGGCAUGGACCUCGAUCUCAAUGUCAACCCGACCACUUCCGCUGAGGAGAAUGUCAUCAGCAGCGAAGAAGAAGAUAGGCUUCUGGGACCUAAUGUAGACCAUCAGGGGGACGGACCGGAUGGCCCUGACAAAUCAUAA